CCCCGACGGCUGCCUACUCAAGUGGACAUAGAAAUAAUCAUGGCGGAUCCCUUGAACGAUCCAGCUGCUUUUACAGCGCCAUCAUACCUGCAGGCUAUACGCUCCGCCUCCACCAUGAGCGCGAACAAGUUCGACGAGGGUUAUUCGGAAGAUACACGGAGUCAGACUGGCAGCGACAUGAUCAUGCGUGGAGGGGAGGGUGCGAUAGAAGUCGACCUUCAGUACGGUCUGCCUGAGUGGGUCAUGGGAAUGACUGAAUCUGAGAGAAGCGAGUUCGCCUACGCUAUUCUUCGAUCGCUACGCACUUCGUCAAUAGCCGGCAUUGUUGACAAGUUGAAUCCUCUCCUUCAUCUGGACCCUGUAAUGCACCUCCCACCCGAAAUCACUUUCCAGAUAUUCUCAUACUUGACUCCGGAAACGUUACUCCGCUCGUCGAUUCUGUCGCAAUCAUGGCGAAUCCGCGUGACAGACAGUUCAUUAUGGAAGGUGAUGUUUCGAUUAGAGGGAUGGAACUCCAACUUUGGCGUCGUUCGCACUUUUGAAGAGAGGGAGCGACAGAAAAGAAUAGAGCUGAGGGAUAGAGAACGCAAACGCCGGGUUCGGGCAACCACAGAUACGGACACGGAUAAACCUUCCUCUAAGAAACGUGUGCGCGAGCGCCAGCUCUUUGGCGACGGCCCCCCGGAGAAUGGUAUACACAACAAGUUGGAGCCACUCACGCUCAAUAGUGCCCAGGACACUACGUCGGGUUGGGGCGAACAGCAUAGUGUAGUAGAAGCAGAUGAUGGCUUGGCUACUAAGCCAGAUGACAGCAUGGAAGGGAUCGCUUAUGAAGACACCCCCUCGAUCGCAUCUCCUACCUUGGAAGGCUCACGACGUCGGAAAAGAUCCUCGGACCCUGGCGAUGAUGAGUCUUCGUUCACGUCUACGUCGACCUCAACCAGCCACCCUUUUCGCCCCUCACUCUUCCUUCCAACAGAUGAACCUAAAAUAAAUUGGCAGUACCUUUACAAGCAAAAGCGGCGCUUGGAGGAGAAUUGGGAUAAUGGACGUUUCGUCAAUUUCCAGCUUCCGCAUCCCAAACACGCCGAACAAUCACAUACCGAGUGUGUCUAUACCAUACAGUAUUCUGGGAAAUACCUAGUAAGCGGAAGUCGAGAUAAGACCGUCCGCGUUUGGGACCUAGACACGCAGCAACUUGUAUUGCCACCUUUAGUUGGGCAUCACGCGUCCGUUCUAUGUCUGCAGUUUGACGAGCGACCCGAGCAGGAUCUCAUCGUUUCGGGAGGCAGCGAUUGCAGUUUCAUCCUCUGGAAGUUUUCCACGGGACGUAUGAUCAAGAGAGUAGAGAAAGCACACCAGGAAUCGGUGCUGAAUUUGAAGUUUGACGACACUUAUCUUGUGACUUGCUCCAAAGAUAAAACCAUCAAAGUUUGGAACAGGAAAGAGUUAUGGCCGACCGACGAUGCCUAUCCCUCGUCGACGAAAAAGUCCAAAGCCCGCUUUCCGUCGUACAUCAUAGACAUGCAACAUCAGGUAGAGAACCAGCACCUGCAUUUCAAGCCGCUUCCGCCUAAUAGUUUGAUCAUGACCAUUGAGGGUCAUGCUGCCGCUGUCAACGCCAUACAAAUUCUUAAUGGCCAGAUCGUAUCUGCCUCUGGUGAUCGAAAUGUAAGAGUAUGGGACGUCCGCACUGGAUCUUGCAUUCGGACAUUCUCGGGACAUACCAAAGGCAUUGCUUGCGUGCAAUUUGACGGACGAAGAAUCGUUAGUGGUAGCUCAGAUGAGACUGUCCGUAUAUUCGAUCAUGCCACAGCCGCGGAAAUUGCCUGUUUACACGGACACUCGAGCCUCGUUCGGACGGUGCAGGCCCAGUUCGCCGAUCUUCCCGGUAACGAGGAAGACAUGGAAGCUGAAGCCAAAGCUGUUGAUCAGAAUUUCUUCGCUGAAGCGCAACGACAUGGAUUCUUGAAUCAAAAGUCGUCGCGCGAGUCGCGACGGUCACGCAACGCGGGGUCACGAGACCCCAGUUCUAUUCUUGCUUUUGGAGCCAAACUGCCACCGGGAGGUGGGGGCAGCAGAUGGGCUCGGAUCGUGUCGGGUUCAUACGAUGAAACAGUCAUUAUCUGGAAGAAGGGCGCAGAUGGGUCCUGGGAGAAGGCGAAGGUGCUCUACCAAAGCGAAGCUGUGAGAGCAGCCGGUGGACGCCCCCGUCGCCCUGUAGCCCACGCCAACGGACCACCAACUGCGGGCAACCAAGCACAAAACCAAACACAGCAGCAGAACCAGACACAACAGCAAAACCAGGGCGGACAGGUACAGCCCUGGCAAGCCUUUGCAAUACAAGCCGCGGCCUCAGUACAGGCAGCUCAGACAUUGGCACAGCAGGCACAAGCAUUGCAUACAGCAUCUCAAGCGUUCCAGCCCAACACGGGCAGCGCCACAGCAGCCACAGCAGCAGCAGCAGCAGCAACGUCGUCUAAUGCAGCCGCAUCUUCAAGUCAAACCGCUGCUCAGGCUCAAGCAUCAACAGCGACACCAGCACCACAGCAGAAUGCAGCCGCCGCCACUGGUGGCAACAACAAUAACAACGCUACAGCGGCGGCGGCGACGGCCCAUCACCACCACCACGCAGCUCCUCACCAUCAUCACCACGCUGCCCCCAACCACGCUGGAGGAGCCAACGCUCAGGGUACGUCGCGGGUGUUCAAACUGCAGUUUGAUGCUCGGCGGAUCGUGUGUUGUAGCCAGGACCCGACGAUUGUUGGAUGGGACUUUGCAAAUAACGACAAGGAUAUCAUGAUGGCCAGUCAGUUCUUCGGAAAUUCGGUUUGAUGACUGAAUGUUUUUCUC